CCUCUCCUCCGCCCACCUCCAGGGCUCUCUGGCUUCAUACUGAAUCUCACAUCACCUCUCUUCGCACAACAUGAUGGCACUGUCUGGCUUGGGUUCAACUUGGCAGAUCGUUUGACAUAUUUACUUUUGUUUUUUGUUUUUUUUAAAAAAGGUUAUAUUUUAUUUUACAGCUACUGAAGCUGAUUUUUCAACAGAUCUAGGAAACAACUGCUUGGUCUCUUCGCCUCCAUCCAUAGCGCCCACUCCAGGGAACACUUGAAGAAGUUUGAGCACCGGAUCGGUGGCUUAAACACAUCCCCGAAGGGUGCAAGACAGAAGUCAAACGGGUUUCAUUCCUCUAGGAGGGGACAGAAGCAGUUAUGCUGGGCAGUGAGGGGGAAAGCAGCGCGUAUUCAUCCUCCAAAGACACAGCGGAUGAGAAGCGCGCCUCUCCAGCUGUGGAUGGAGACGAACCGGCGGGCAGCAGGUAUCCGGAGCACGGCGCAUCCUCCGAUCGCUUCUAUAUCCCAUCUACGAUUUCCAAGCAGAGCUCAGAAACAGCAAACCCGUGCUCGUUUCUCCCAUACACCCCCAGCGGGGCCGUGUACCCCCCGUCUGGCGCUGCCAGGUAUCCCUCAUCGCUCCACCUGGGCUCAGUGUUGCCUCCUGCGGGGUAUUCCCCCUCAGCCGCCGGGCGAAACCACUUCAGCACCUCCUACCAGCACGGUCAGAACCUGGGCUGCCUGUAUAAUCCUUACACCGCCUCCGGUUCUGCUCUGAGUAACGUGGCCCUGCCGGGGCCCGCGAGGGCCCAGGUUUACCUGUGCAACCGGCCGCUCUGGCUCAAGUUCCACCGUCACCAGACCGAGAUGAUCAUCACCAAGCAGGGCAGGCGGAUGUUCCCCUUUCUCAGUUUUAACAUCGCCGGGCUGAACGUGUCAGCGCAUUAUAACGUGUUUGUGGAGGUGGUGCUCGCAGACCCAAACCACUGGAGGUUCCAGGGAGGCAAAUGGGUCACCUGUGGAAAGGCGGACAACAACAACCAAGGUAAAUAUGUCCAUCCUCGAUUAGAGAACACAAGUAAAAUAUUUUUAAGACUUUUUUUUUUUUUUACAGUUUCACAAUUGUUAUGAUUAUUCUUCUGCUUACAGAUGGUGGUCCUGCAAUCGCUUCAUAAGUACCAGCCCAGGCUGCAUAUUGUGGAAGUGGCAGAGGAUGGAGUGGAGGACAUCAGCAGUGAUGUAAAGACGCAGUGUUUCACUUUCCCGGAGACUCAGUUCAUAGCAGUCACUGCCUACCAGAACACCGAUAUCACACAGUUAAAAAUUGAUCACAACCCUUUUGCCAAAGGUUUCAGAGAUAACUAUGAUUCAAUGUACACAGCCACCGAGAACGACCGUCUCACCCCAUCUCCAACCGACUCACCCCAUGCCCACCAGAUUGUGCCUGGCACUCGCUACACCAUGCAGCCCCUCUUCCAGGACCAGUUUGUCAACAACCUCCCCCAGAACCGCUUCUACAACUGUGAGAGAGCCGUACCGCAAACUAGCAGUCUCCUUUCACCUCAGACAGAAGACGCAGCAUCACAGAGGUGGUUUGUCACCUCUAUGCAGCAGGGGGGGAACAGCAGCACCUCCGGCAGCAAACUUGACUUGACACCCUAUGAGGGGGAGUACUCAAGCUCUCUCCUUCCUUAUGGCAUCAAAUCCCUGUCCAUGCAGACAACCCAUGCUCUCAGCUACUACCCAGACUCUCCUUUCACCACAAUGACAGCAGGGUGGGGGUCCAGAGCAGCUUACCAAAGAAAAGUCCCUCCCAGUCUGCCAUGGUCACCCCGACCCAGCCCCACAGCUGGUUUCCCUGAAGAGUCUGUGAAGAUUAAACCGCAGAUACAAGACGAGGUGAGUAGUGAAGCUCUGAUCAGCUCCUGGACAGAGACUCAUAUGUCAACCCUCUCCCCAAACAAGGCUGACUCAUUUUCCAUCGCCUGCAAGCGAAGGCGUUUGUCUCUUAACGGUCCAAGCACACAAGACUCACCUGCAAACAGCAAGUGUGAAGAGCUGGCCGCUGCCACCAUCAGUGGCCCCUAUAGUAAAGAGCCCCCACCUACAAAAAGCAUGGCUUACUAUCCUUUUUACACAAACCCCUGAUUUCUGAUUGAAGUUUUUGUCAAACUUUAAAAAGAACAUCCUCACUUUGUUAGGGAUCAUUCACCGCGGGGAUUAACAAAUCACUUUCUGCCUUUUUUUUUUUAAAUCAAAUUUGCUUUGUUUGUGAUGAACUUAUAAAUUCCUAUUUAUGUAAAAUUAUCAAGCAUAUGUGCAACAAAUGACCAGACUACACAAAUAAGCUUUACCCUCCGGGAAUAUGGACUCAUUUAAGUGUUUAUUCAUUUCAAUUAUUUAUAUCCUAAAUGUUUUCAAAGGCCCGAACAAGAUUAGUGUAUUUGGAAUUUGUUCUAACGCAUGUGAUUUCUUUAUUUUUUUUUAUACAUAUAUAAAAAAGAAGUGCUAUUUUGUGUCAGACAUCAUUGCAUCUAGCUUUGUGGUCAGAUUGUGAGCUUUCAGAUUAUUUAUUGAAGGUCUGUUUGUAUGAAAUGUGUGCACUGGUGAGAUGUGAGAAUAAUAUGCUAUAUAUUGCUUCAAAUUGCAGAUAUUUGAUAAUAA